CCGCUCGGGGCCGCCCCCCCUUGCUCCCUUGCCCCCCCCCCGGGCCCCGCAGAGCUUCGCCGGAGAGAAAGAACGCGCGGACUGCUCCAGCCUCCGAAAUGACUCAGUAACUUUUACGCCUCGAGUCUCAGCUCUGCAAUUAGCCACUUUCCCAGCGCCGCUCGGGAUGUAUUCGUCUCCUCUCUGCCUGACCCAGGAUGAGUUCCACCCCUUCAUCGAGGCGCUGCUCCCCCACGUGCGGGCCUUUGCCUACACCUGGUUCAACCUGCAGGCCCGCAAGCGCAAGUACUUCAAGAAGCACGAGAAGAGGAUGACGAAGGACGAGGAGCGGGCGGUGAAGGACGAGCUGCUGAGCGAGAAGCCCGAGGUGAAGCAGAAAUGGGCCUCGCGCCUCCUGGCCAAGCUGCGCAAAGACAUCCGGCCCGAGUGCCGCGAGGACUUCGUGCUCUCCAUCACCGGCAAGAAGCCGUCGUGCUGCGUCCUCUCCAACCCCGACCAGAAGGGCAAAAUGCGCCGCAUCGACUGCCUGCGGCAGGCUGACAAGGUGUGGAGGCUCGACCUGGUCAUGGUCAUCCUCUUCAAAGGGAUCCCCCUGGAGAGCACCGACGGUGAGCGGCUGGUCAAGGCGGGCCAGUGCACCAACCCCAUCCUCUGCAUCCAGCCCCACCACAUCAGCGUCUCCGUCAAAGAGCUCGACCUCUACUUGGCCUAUUUCGUCCGUGAGAGAGAUUCCGAGCAGAGCAGCAGUCCCCGGACGGGCAUCGCCUCGGACCAGGAGGACACCAAGCCCAACACGCUGGACUCUACAGACUUCCAGGAAAGCUUCGUCACCUCGGGGGUGUUCAGUGUCACCGAGCUCAUCCAGGUGUCCCGAACGCCGGUGGUGACGGGCACGGGCCCAAAUUUCUCCCUGGGGGAGCUGCAGGGCCACCUGGCCUACGACCUGAACCCCUCCAGCACGGGCAUGAGGAGGACGUUGCCCAGCACCUCCUCCAGCGGGAGCAAACGGCACAAGUCUGGCUCCAUGGAGGAUGACAUCGACACGAGCCCCGGCGGCGAGUAUUACACCUCGUCCAACUCACCCACGAGUAGCAGCCGCAACUGGACAGAGGACAUGGAAGGGGGUGAGUGUGGGCUGCCCCCUGUGGGGCUGCCGUGUGGCACGGCGGGUCGGGGCUUCCCUGCACAGGCUGUGGUGUUCCUGCAGGGCAGCGGAGGAGCUCUGUGUUGGUGCAGUGCUAUGGGGCCCUUGGGGCAGAGGUGCUGCCAGCCCCUCACUGGGACACAGACCCCCUAUAGGUGCCAUGGGGCUGCUGUAGGACCCCCCCAAUUAGACACAGACCCUCCAUAGGUGCUGUGGGGCUGCUGUAGGACCCCCCCAAUUAGACACAGACCCUCCAUAGGUGCUGUG